AUGGCUCUGCGCGACAUGGACGAUCCAUACGAAGAUGAUGCUACCGUGAAGGCACAGGCAGUCCAAAGCGUGGCCAAGCAAAUCAAGAGCUCUAGCCAGGUUCACCUCAAAGGCGCGGCUGGUACAGAUGAGGCCGCAACACGCACGUUGGACGAAACUAUUAGUGAAACGUCGAGGAGGGUACUGGCAUGGGUCGAGUGUGCAGCGGCGGCGGCGGCGGCUCCUCACAGCUCAGACGGACGAAGAGUCUUCCCACCUGUUUUGCUCACCAGCUGCUGCAGGUACAUGGAGGCGUUGGCAACAGCUUACCCGGCUCGCUUCUCCGCAGACUGCCGAUCCCUCGCGAGGCCGGUCGCAUCUUGCGUGCUGGUGAUGACUAGGACGGCAAAGGCGCACGAUUCAGCAAUAGGGGUUGCAGUACCGUGCCGAGAAACCAAAGGCGAAGGAGAGGAAAACGACGACGGAUUUCCAUCCAGAAGCGGGCGUACCAUCACCAUCGAGGAGCGGAAUGCCCUGGAGCUGUGGGUGGAGAUGCUCGGGAUCUGCUUGCUGCCGUUCUGCGGCAGCGGCGGCGGUAGCCGCACAACCAGCCGAAGCGGUCUCGGCGAGGCGACCAGCGGCGACGAUGAUAACUCUCGCGACCCCAGCGGCGAACACGGCGAUGAUCCGUUCGAUAGCGACAACGAGGAGGAAGAAGACGGUACCGACGAUGAUGAAGAGGACGGGAGCCGGGUUUCGGGGGAUGGGAAGGCGAGAUCUAGGUGGGUAGCUGGCUGGAUGCGGCGCGCGGGCAUCACCCUCGCCGAGCCGCUGGAGUGUCCGUUCGACGUUCGGCCCGGCGGGCGAGAUGAGGACAUGCCGGUUCGCCUGGCCACCCUCAUAUCUUACCACGCGCAGGCAGCUGCCAGUGCUUCUCGGCCCGCGUCCGUGUCCUCCCUUGCCACCGUCCUCGCCGUCCUUGUGGCCUUUACGGUGGCCGGGGCCGAUGGAGAGGAUGGGCGAGAUGGCACUCCUUCCGAGAGCCACGCGUUGGUCGUGGAAGAGGCGUUUUCGUGCCUCCUGUGCUUGUCGGAGACGGUGCCGGAGAGCAGCGCGCAGGCGGAGUGCGUCAAGGCCGCCCUCGUGUCGCUCAAGGAGUGCGCGCAGUCCGCGCGAUUGCGUUGUCUGGAGCACCGAGUCCCGGCGGCGUUGUCGAUGCUGGAGGGCGUGCCUUCCAGACUUAAGCUCCUGCUGACUAGAUCCAAGAGCCAGGGGGCGAAAGUCUAUUCCACUGCACGGUCCUUCUGCCGCGAAGCCCUCACCGCGGCCGUCGCCUGCGCGCGCAAGCUGAUUGGCCUGGUGGGAGGCCUCGUCGUGAUGGACGACCCCCGGUGGUUCCUUGAAACGUUCGUCGUCAAGAUGGCCUCGCCGUUGCUGUUGGGAGACGCCGUGGGGGCUUUGCGCGCGGCUUCUUUGGCGGCCCGGGGGAUGGGCACGGCUGCAGAGGGGGGGGAGGAACGGGGUCCAGACGGGAGCACCCCCUCCGGGAUGGAAACUGCCCUUCGGGAAGUGGUCCUGCCGGGCGCCGUUGGGCGGCUCAUCAAGGCCUUGGGCAACAUAGACAGGUACAGCGCGGCGGCGGCAAAAGAGGUGCUCAAGGCGACGGCGUGGCUAGCUCGGGCGGCAGGCGCAGAAGAGAUUCGGCCGCAUCGCAAUCGUCUCGGGAUGGCAUUGGUGGAGUGCGCCGCUAGCGUGGGCCGCGCGAGCGGCGCUGGGGGCGGCGUGGAGAGGGACGAGAAGGUCAGGCUUUGCCUGCGAGCGAUCCGCCGUCUUGGCGCGGCUGGUGGUAGUGGUGGUGGUGGUACUGCCGGUGCUGCACCUGCGGCCGGCGAUGUCCUCGCCGCAGCUAGCGAUCGAGAGCCUGCUGCGGCGCAACAGUUCACCGAGGCUGCGCUGGAAUUCACCUGCGGAGUUGUAGAGAGGGAGUGGGUGGGGAAGCGCGGCGAAAGGGGAGAGCAAGAAGGAGGCGACGGUCAGGAGUCGAUCAUCACUCUCGUGGAAGCCCACGUGACCCUAGUCGCGCUGCUGAGGUCGCCCAGCAUGUGCGUUCCCGGCAUCGGCCCAGACGGCGAGUGGCCUCCGGCGGCUAAGCGCCUGGCCAAGCUGGCCUGGGCGGUAGCCUACCGCGUCAGGAAGGCGGCGGGGGCGGUGGAGUCUUCCAUGGCUCUCGCCGACGAUGACGUCAUGCUACUGUGCCAGGGCCUGGAGGUGCUGGAGGCCCUUGAGGAGUGCUCGGGCGAGUUCUUCGAGGGAAAGCGGUCGAAAAUGCGGUUCUUCGAGGGAGACUUGUCCCCGGUUUUGACAACCCUCCGGGGCUGCCACGACAAGAAUACCAUGCACCCUGUUGUUUACGACGCAUGCUCGUGGGUUCGGUUAACGAGAUAGUGUUGUUGUUGUCGGUGGUGCUGGUGCGAUCACGGGGCUCGUUUGCAUGUUUUUUUUUAUAUUGAUCCUUCUGGAACGAGCCCCGUGCGUGUUGUUCUUUAAUUGAUCCUUGAUGGAAGAAGGCCCUGGUGGCUGCGGGGCCGUUCGUUUAGGGGUGAGUUCUUGCCAUUCGAGGCGACGCGAUUGCUUGGGCGCGAUGAUGAUGAACGCUAUGUAGACGAGCCAGGUGUCUGCUUGUGAUUGCGUGGAUGACUUUAGCUGCGGAUGCUUGUAACCUCUGCCGGCAGUCAAAAGAGGUGGAUGAAAUGCGGUUGAGACAAAGCGGUGGAUGAAAGGUGGUUGAGAGAGCGAGAGAGCGCGGACAUUGAGAACGGUGAAAACGGAGAUGAUUGUGUGUUGAUUGUUGCCGCCGUCAAGUGUAAAAGACAGCUUCCUUGCUACGAACAGGGGCGAAUUUCAUGUCGACUCGUGGAUGGUCUACAUGUAGACUAGCCACCGUUGACUACCAUACGCGUCGAUGCUGACUGUUGUAAGUACGAUCGUUCGUGGUCAGUAGGAUGGGACACACCUUUUGGUAGGACUGGCUGUAUCCAGUGUUCUAGCAAAUCCAGUAUCGGGAGUCUACAUGU